AUAUCUUUAAAUAUGGGAUAAGGAUAAUCUAAAUUUUACGCAGUGCCAGUGGGAGAGAAGAAAGAAGGAGAAAGUCAUGUCUAUCGAAAUCCAAAUAAUACAGAGAAGCUCUUGGACAACUUCGAAGGAGAAACCACAGUUUAGGGUAUUUUCUUAAGAUCUUGCCGUAAAUUUCCAAACAAUAGAUGCUUGGGCAAGCAAGUAGCCACAGGAGAGAAUAGUAGCAAUUAUGUUUACAAAACCUAUAUUGAUGUCAGAAAUGUCGCAGAGUAAGAUCUUAAAUAGAACCUAGAUAACUUGGAUCAGGUAUAAAGAAUUUAAACUUGAUACCAAAUCCAGUAUUAUACGAGGGAUAAGAAUUAAGAAUGAUAGGAAUAUUCUCAAAGAACAGAGAAGAAUGGCUACUCUUAGAUAUAGCCAAUACAUUGUAUGGAAAUACAAUGAUUCCUCUGUAUGACACUUUGGGAUUGGAGAGCAUUCCUUACAUUUUAGACCACACUUAGAUCACUACAUUGUUCAUAUCAAGUUCAAUUGUUGAAACACUUCUUAAAGUUAAAGAAUACCAUGCACUUAAAAAUGUAGUUACUUUUGAUGAAUUACCAUAAGACAAAAUUUAAAAGGUAAUCGUAAAUAAUAUCAGAUUAGUUUAGUGAAAAAGGAAUAAAGGUAUUGAACUACGAAGAAGUAUUGAAUGCUGGAAAGGAGAAAAUACACCCAUUCGCAGAAGUACAUGGAAAUGACAUAUUCACCUUCAGUUAUACAUCAGGAACGACAGGAAUGCCAAAAGGUGUUAUGUUACGACAUGUGAACUUUGUAACAGUAGCAGGCGGAGUUGUUUAUUAAGGAAUUUAAUUAUAUCCAAAUGAUGUUUAUUUGAGUUAUCUACCUUUACCUCAUGUUUUAGAGAGAGUUGUAGUAACAGCCUUACUUGGAUUUGGUUGCACAAUAUGCAUGUAUGGUGGAGAUGUAUAAAAAAUCAAUGUUGAUAUUCAAUUGGUAAAACCAACUAUUUUUGUGAGUGUUCCAAGAUUAUAUAGAAGAUUAUACAAUACAAUUAAAGAAAAGGCAGAUAAACUAAGUGGAUACCAAAAAACUUUAUUUGAAAAGGGAUUAGCCAGCAAAAUGUAUUAUUUGUAAAAUGGAGGUCAUGUUUAACACAAAGUUUGGGACAACUUAGUUUUCAAAAAGACAAGAGAAGCAUUUGGUGGUAGAGUCAGAUUAAUGUUAUCUGGAUCAGCACCAAUGUCACCUGAGGUUGUGGAUUUCUUAAAAUGUGUUGUGUGUGUACCAUUCCUUGAAGGAUAUGGUUAGACUGAAGGAUGUGGUGGUUCAUUCAUUAGUAGAGCUGAUGACCCUAUUAGUGGACAUGUAGGAGGUGUCUUCUCAAACAUCGAAUUUAAAGUUCUUGAUGUUCCAUAAAUGAACUAUUUCAGCACUGAUAAAGACGAACAAGGAAGACCUACUCCCAGAGGAGAAAUCUGUAAUUAGUCAAUCAUUAUUUUUAGGCAUUCGAGGAAAUGGGUUAUUUGCAGGAUAUUACAAAGAACCUGAAAAAACAAAGGAAAUGAUUGAUGCUGACGGCUGGAUGCAUUCUGGAGAUAUUGGAUUGAUUAGACCUGAUGGAUCUUUAAAGAUUAUUGAUAGAGUUAAAAACAUUUUUAAGUUAAGUCAAGGUGAAUAUAUCGCUCCAGAAAAAGUUGAGGGAGUCUAUUUGAAGGUCAAAGGCAUCGCAGAAGUAUUUGUUUAUGGAGACUCAACCAAAAGCUUUUGUGUAGCUAUUAUUGUUCCUGAAAAACAUCUUGUUUUAGACUUAGCAAACACUUUAGGAAUCUAAGGUUCAUUUGAAGAGUUGUGUGCAAAUGAUCAAGUUAAUAAGUACUUUUUUGAUGAGAUAAUUAAAUAAGUAUCCAUAAUAUCUUAUCUAUUAGGGUAAAGCAGAAAAAUUGAAUGGUAUGGAAAAUGUAAAAAAGAUCUACAUUGAACCAACCUCAUUCAUUGCUCAUGGCCUAACUAGUAACACACUUAAGUUGAUGAGACACAAGGCAAGAGAACAUUUUCUUAAAUAAAUUGAGGCUAUGUAUAAAGGAAGCGAAUGAGUAUGAGAGUAAACAAACAAAAAAAUACAAUAUAAUUAUGCG